UUCGCAGCGCCGCCUUGUGUUUGAGAUAAUAAACGGAUCUCCUUUAAGACUACGUGGCAGUGACGUCAAUGUUUGUGUUAAGACCCGGAUGUUAUUCACAACCUGCACGCAGUUCAACCAUCAGAGAGGCAGAGUGGUGAUGAGUUGGUGCAUCCAUGAACACACGGCGCCGUCACGGUCCUAGAAGCAGCCAGGACGGGGUGUACACUGGGCCGUCUCAGACCCAGUCCCAGCUGGUCCAGCAGCUGGAAGCCCCCCUGGCUGUCCCACCCAUCGCCCCUGUCGUAGACACACUCAGCAUGUCCUGCCGAGACCGCACCAGCGAGUUUCAGUCUGUGUGCAAGUCACUGCAGGGCAGACAGAAUGGAGCACAACCUGCCAGAGCUGUCAACAGUGCAGUCAGACAGCGGAGUGACUUCACACUCUUGGCUAAGCGAAUUGGAAGAGACCUCAGCAACACUUUUGCCAAGUUGGAGAAGCUCACAAUCCUUGCCAAAAGAAAGUCCCUUUUUGAUGACAAAGCAACUGAAAUCGAUGAACUCACUUACAUUGUGAAACAGGACAUUAACAGUCUAAAUAAGCAGAUCGCCGGCCUGCAGGAACUCGUUCGAUCACGGAGUGGACAGAAUGGCAGGCAUCUUCAGACACAUUCCAACACCAUUGUAGUCUCAUUACAGUCCAAGCUGGCAUCGAUGUCGAGUGACUUCAAGUCAGUCCUGGAAGUCAGAACAGAGAACCUAAAGCAGCAGAGAAGCAGGCAAGAGCAAUUUUCUCAGACUCCUGCCUCAUCCUCCUCUUUCCACGCCAACAGCUUCAACAAUUCAGUGCUUAUGCAGGACGACUCCAAGACAGAUAUAUCUAUAGAUAUGGAUCUCAGCUCCAGUCAGCAGAUGCAGUUAAUCAAUGAACGGGAUUCGUACAUUCAGAACCGUGCUGACACUAUGCAGAAUAUAGAGUCCACCAUUGUGGAGCUCGGAUCCAUAUUUCAGCAGCUGGCUCAUAUGGUGAAAGAACAGGAAGAGACUGUGCAAAGAAUUGAUGCUAACGUCGAGGACACUCAGCUGAACGUGGAUCUUGCGCACACAGAGAUACUCAAAUAUUUCCAGUCUGUGUCCAACAACCGCUGGCUGCUCAUCAAGAUGUUCCUAAUCCUCGUCAUUUUCUUCAUUGUCUUUGUGGUUUUCAUGACCUGACGUCCACUCUUAAGAAGGGCAGAUUUAAGAAAGCGGGCGAUUUUCAGUAUUUGAGGAAUGAAAGGGGACGUUAUCUUAAGUCUCUCUUUUUUUUUUUUUCUCGUCUCUGCUAUUUCUAUCCCCACUGGCUGCCAAGCUCUCUCUUAGGGAUCUUUUUCCCCAAACUGAUGGAACUGAACAUUCGCAAAACUCUACAUAGGCCGGGCGUUUGUCAGUUCGUAGUCGAUUUAAAACAGUUCGUCCAUGUCAGUUUCAAUGUGAUGUCCUAGUAUCUGUACAGCAGACUCUUGAAAUGACGUCCCAUAUUUUGCUUUUCCAAAUAACACAGAUUACAGAGAUAUCCUUGAGUAAAACCAGCAACAAGUACAACAAAAACUGUAAAGAUUUUGGUUCGCUUUUGAUUGACAUGAAUCAUGUUACGCACAUUCAGAUGUCCCGUGUUCUGAGAACUUAUUAAGCAUUUGCAAUUUUUCCUCUGUAUCUUCUUUUAGAAGACUUUAUACUUUGGUUUGUAACAGAAUCUCUCUUAUAUUCUGAUUGCUGCAGUAGACCACCAAGCCAUCUCAAAUGGCAACACUUCUACACUUUUAUGAUGAUUAUUACCAGAGGUUUUAUUAUGCAUCCAUUCUGUUUUUGAUUUUGGGAUAGGAUUGCCACUUUUACAAAACUUGUGAACACAGCAGCCUUUCCGAUCUCAGGAACGAGCGUAUAAAUAGUGCACCGAUCAAAAACUCGUGGAUUUAAAAAUUGCGGGUUGUUGGGUAGAUGCGCGUCAUGUAUACGCAAAGGUUAAUUUUUGCAUAUCAGUACAGCAAGUUUUAGUUUUUAUUGGGCAUACUGUUUAUACACGCUUUCAUAGGCUGGGUUCAGCAGGUGCGAAAUCCGCGUUUGGAACCAGUGAACUUAUACAAAUUUUGGUCGUGAAUAAUGAAAGGUGUACACAAUUCAAACUGGAGUUUUUGUUUUAUUCCACUGCGUGUUUUAAUCAUCCUUCACAAGCUCGAAAUGUCUCAUUAUACGGUCUCAAGGAGCCCGUGAGAAUACUGCAAGUGGUGUUUAACUGGAAAUUGAGAUUGGGGGAACGUCCCACCCCACCAUUUGUGAAAUGCAUCCUGUAAAAUGUAAAGAACUGAAAAAAAAAAAUAGAAAUGAAUGCUUUCUUGUAAUGCCUA